UGUAAUUUUCCUUCCACCCUACUAUAUUUCGCUUUUAUGUUUUAAGUACGUUUCAGUAUUUCACUUUCCCCAAAAUUCUCAGCCAGGGGGAAAGAAAAGAAACAAGAAAACCCUCAAUACAAUCAACAGCCGUAAAAACCCUAACAUUCUAAAUCGACGGAUCCUAAACCCUGAAAAUUUUCCAAUUUCUUUUUACCGAAAGCCAAAAUUCACAGGUCAUUAUCAAUUCUUCGUGGUUCCCACCAUGUUUUCGCUUUUGAUUUGUACUCUUUUUCUUUUUUAAAUUCAGAUUACAGAAUCCUCAAAUUCCCCCAUAUGAAAACUUACUAUAAUUUUGUUCCUUUUAAUAUAUAGAAAUCCUAAAUUAUUAUUAUUUUCAUCGGUUUUUUUUUUGGUGAUGGAGUCAAAUCCAGUGGUUUUCGAUAUAAGCUCCGACGACGACGAUGAGGUGGCGUCGGGUUUGGAAGAGUCCAAAGGGGACGACUACGACUGGUUUUCGGAAGUUCUGGAAGCCGUUAGUAAGGGGUUCGACGAUUCCGACGAGGUGGUGGUUAUCGGGGAGGUCAACCCUAAUAAGAAGUCGAAGACACGGAGCUCAUCGGUGAGGAAGGAUGUUACUUUAGAAGACGAUGAUUGUAUCGUUUUGGAAGGUGACCCCGAAAAGGCGGUGUCCGAUGUUAAUGAUUACCAUGAUGAUUCUGAUGAGUUGCUUGUUGUCGGCCACAAAGGGCAGAUUGCUUGCAGAGAUUUCCCCCACCCACGACAUGAUUGUGCUAAAUUUCCAUUUAGUUCAACUUCUCAUGAUCAGCACUGUGAACUGUGCCAUUGCUUUGUUUGUGACGUGCGAGCACCCUGUUGUUAUUGGGGCUUAGGUAUCUCUAAUACUGAUCAUUGUCAUGCCACUAUUAAAGAGGAAAUUUGGAGUACUCUGCGGAAGAAUUUCAGGCAUGGGAGAAAUGUUUCCGUGCCUCCUGUCACAUCUCAUUCUACAAUAGUGCCCCAACAUAACCAACCGCUGCAUCGCGACAUUAUUCGGUUGACGACACAAAAUCACGUUUCCAGACCAACUCCAGUUCGACCUUCUGGGAACUGCAUACCACAAAAUAAUGUCCCAAGGCCAUCCAUAAUUCGUGCUUGUUCGUCCUCUACCAGACAUGGAGUUCCAUAUAACCCAACUGUUGGUAGCCGACAUGUUCUAAAUAGAAGCACGAUUCAGUUGCGCUCGGGUUCACAGGAGUUGCUAGGUGUGCGUAAUUCUGUAAUUCAAAGGGAUCGAGGUACUAAGACUAGGAACAUGAGUUGCCAAUUUGUCUCUUCCAACACAAUGUCCAAAAGACUAGAUACUGAAGUUCCUGCAACAGUGACCCGCAGCGCAUAUGUUCCACCAGAGAACAUUGAGAACAUUACUUCUGCUCAUGCAUCACAGUAUCAACCAGAGAACAUUGAGAACAUUACUUCUGCUCAUGCAUCACAGUAUCAACGAAAUCCUGCUUCAGUUACAACAUCAAACGAAAGGAACCCGAACCUCAUUGUCUGCCCAAACAAUUCUGAUACAAGUCUAGGAACACAUACAUAUCAUAGCUCCUUACAACCAAGAAUGGACCCCAUUUUUGCAAACUCAGCACCUUCCCUAUACCCACCAUACAAUCUGUGUGUUCCUCAGUCUAAUGAAUACAAUGAUACCAGUCAUGUUCAGAAUCAAAAUCAUCCUGCAACAUAUAAUGGUUUUUCCGAUUUUGACAUUAAUUGGGUCAAUAACAUUGGCCAAAGCAAUCAACAAUCUUCUGCUGAUUAUUUACAGUUUCAAACCUCAGGAUCCACAAAUGGGGAAGGACCAUUCAAGGUAAAUGGGGGAGAUAAGUCGUAUUACAAUGAGCUUGAGAGCCUCCUUUUGGAUAACCAGUGUGCUCCUGGAGGGUCUCUUACUGCAGGACUUAAUGCACCAUCUCCUGAUCAUAUACCUCUGGAAACUGGUAUGCUUUUCUUUGAUAUCGAAAGCUCUUGGGAUCGUCUAACUCGUGCAUAGAGCAGAUUAGCAUUUGCUCGUGUAUUCUUGUAUGCUUUUCUUUGAUAUUGAGACCUGGUGGGAUCGUCGUUUAGCUUGUGUAUAGCGGAUUAGCUACCUUGCUCCACAGACCUUGAAGAAGUCAUAGUUAGGAUGCUGUUCUGCGGGAGGGAACUCGGAGCACAGAGCUUAGCUUAAUUGGUUUGUACAGUCAUCUUUAAAAACCGACAUCGGAGUUAAAAUCUUGAAAUAUGCAACUUUUUUUUUAUUUCUCAAGCUAUGGUUUCCUUUGUGUGGGAAAAAAACUAAGAGGCCGAAUGAUGUUGUACAGAGAUAUUUAAGAAUCCAAUGGUUUUAGCUUAUUGAACAA